AUGCGUACGGGCGUGAAAGGCGGCAUCCAGUGCUCAAGCCAGGAUCUGUGCAAAUCGCAUGGAGAGUUUCUCGGUGUAGACUACCAGGAACACCAGCGUCAGGGAAGACCAGCAAAAAUUGCAACAUCGAAUGUCACAUCUAGAAAGCCCUUAUAUGCAGGUCAGCACUGUGUAUUGACGGCCAAAGCGAUAGUGGAGGACCACCCAAUCGUAAUGGAUCCGCUGAUACAUAUUGAGCUAGUGCGCUCAGGCGGUCAGCUCGGCGCCGAGAGAAAGACAAUGUCUCCAGAGCGCAAGCUAGACCUGCCGCAGUUAAGCGACCAUCUCAUCGCAGGUGAGCACUAUUCCAGGUCUCACGUACUUCGUGAGCAUUUUGUCGUUACGGACUCAUCCCAUGUAGCAGAGGUGGGCCUUUCUCACGUACCACAGGAGCAUCGUAUGGCACGAAGAGCGAGCCAGACUAGUCGUUCAAGGAGGCGUAGCCGGGGUUCAUUCUUGAGAAACCUCUCUCUACUGUAUCCGAUCAGCCUUGGUCCACUCUGCUUGUCGGCUGCAUGCCCGAGUAGUUCUGCCUACCUGGCGACUCGCGAAUGCAGUAGGCUGGCAUUGCCGCAACAAGCACAACCUGAGCCCAGCCUAUUCCCAAUCAGCUGCACCAGUAUCGGACCAUCCCCAUACAUGAAUAUCGUAUGCAAUCGACAAGAUCGGUUCCACUGCUUCAUUAACGCAUGCAUGUCAUUCGCGGGAACGACCAUUGACCGAGCCAUACGACGAUCUCCCGAAGCCUCCAGCCAGUUUAAUCAACGAUUAAUGCGACUGUCAUCGUUCCAGCUACAGCUUGCCUCAAAUGAUCGCCAGCGGAACGCCAUAAAGUGUUUGAUGCGACACUCCCAAAUCCCAUCGCAAAAAGCUAAGCCCCACGCGAACAAUUGUUCACUCAAAGGCUGUCGUUCUCCCUCGCAUUGGGUUGCGUUAUGGAUUGCCUAUGCAUCGUCUAUCAUCAGUGAAGUGAAGUCCGGGCCGCGGACUAUGCUCCAGACUAUAUCAUGCAUAUACGGUAUGCAGACGGAUGGGGUAAGCUUUGAAGAUCUUUGCUGCAGGAGAGUAGAGCUUGAGCGGAUAGAAGGCGAUCUUAUCUCGUACUGGAAGCGAAGUAUCGAAACGCUGAAGAAAGAGACCAGCAGGGGAAGCAUGAAUAAGAUGCCAGUUUUGCUUACAUAA